CUUUACUCUCCCUCCCAUUCCAAUCCAAACCCCGCCUUUCUCCUCCGAUGCCUUCUUCUCUCCGCGACCUCCUCGCCGAGGACGGCUUCCGCCACCCAAAACCCCGCCGCAAACCACGCCAACCCCUCCCCCCCGCCUCCACCCCAUCGCCACCGCCCGCCACCGCCUCCAUGUGCUCCAACCGCCGCUUCCGCCCCAAUGGCUCUUCCAGCUUCCAUUCCCACGGAACCAGCUCCAACUCCCGUGACUCCAUUCCCCAAUCCUUGCUCCUGAACGAUGACGAGGAGGAGGCCGGCAUUGACGAGGCCGCCGUCCGGGCCGUCGUCUUGAUCCUCUCCGGUUACGCGGGCCGGUUCCUGAAGGACGGCGGGUUCCGGCGGCGUCUCCGGGAGAAGUGCAACGCCUGCCUCGCGGCGAGGAAAGGCGCCGCACACGCCGUGCUCGCCAACCUCGAGCUCGGGAUCGAGAGCAUCGAGCGGCUUGCCGAGGAGGGCCCUAAUGGUGCCACCAGGGACUCCAAGAUCCGAUCUUUAAGGAAUUCCAUCAGGCUGUUGAGUAUUGUGGCCUCCCUGAACUCCCCCAAGUCGAGGAGUGGCGGCUACACCUGCGGGGUGCCCAACUCCCACCUUUCCGCCUGCGCCCAGCUCUACCUUGCAAUGGUGUACAAGAUCGAGAGGAAUGACUGGGUCUCGGCCAGGCACCUCCUCCAGGUGUUCGUCGAUGCGCCAUUCCUGGCAAGGAAGAAUCUUUUACCUGAUCUCUGGGACCAUUUUUUUCUCCCGCAUUUGCUGCAUCUCAAGGUGUGGUACAGCAAGGAGGCGGAGCUCGUCGCCGGGUGGGAGGUUGAGGACAGGGACCAGAGGAUGAAGGGAUUGAAUAGGGCUUAUAUCGAUCAGAUGGAUGGGGGCACAGCUCAGUUUGCUCUAUACUAUAAGGAGUGGCUCAAGGUUGGCGGAAAGGCUCCGCCUGUCCCUGCUGUGUCGCUGCCGUUGAGGACCAGCUAUCUCGAGGCGUGGGGGAAGAGAUCAGUGUCCUUGUCACGGUGUUCAAUCAAUAGAAACCUGUAUCGAGCAGUUUUCGGUACGUCACUGGAACCGGAGGAUAUUGGUGAUGGUUUGUUAAUUAAUGAUACGGAUUUAGCUGUGGAGCGUGAGCUGGAUUCUAAAGAAGGCAGCUGCAAUCUCGAGAACACUGUUCAUAGUGACAUGGGGGCUCACCAAACGGAAUCAGACCCUGCAGAAGCACACCAAGCUCCUGGAGCAGCACCAGUACCACACAAAUCAUACUCUUUCCGGUUAUUUUCAUGUCGCAGUGAACCAUAUAAAGAGGCAAUACAUCAUGCACAAGUUUCCAGGAAAGAUCCAGAUGCAAUUGCCAGAGAAUCAGUCAGCAAUGCAACCCCACUAAAUGUUGGCCAAGCCAUUACUUUAAUUUCUGACUCAGAUAGCCUCAGUGAAUGUGAGGCUGCAGUUCAUUUGGUUGCCAAAGCCUGGUUGGACUCACAUGGAGACUCUAUUCUGGAGACUGCACUGUCCUCAUCUUCCGUGAUUGAAGGACUUCUAGAAGUGACUUUCACAUCUAAGGAUGAUAAGGUAUUAGAGCUUGCAAUCUCCCUCUUAGUGGAAUUGGUCUCAAGGAAUGAGGUAACCAGACAGGUUGUAUUGAAUGCAGAUCCACAGCUUGAAAUUUUCCUCAGACUGUUGAGAAGUACUAAUCUUUUUUUAAAGGCAGCAGUAGUGCUUUAUCUACUAAAACCAAAGGCAAAACAGAUGCUAUCGCUGGAUUGGAUACCAUUAGUCAUGCGUGUUUUGGAUAAUGGGGAUCAGAUGCAGACUUUGUUUACUGUGCGAUGCAGCCCUAAAUCAGCUGCUUUAUACUUUCUAGAUCAGCUUCUUAUGGGUUUUGAUGUGGACAGAAAUGUUGAGAAUGCGAAACAAAUGGUUGCCCUUGGUGGGUUGGACCUGCUGAUCAAAAGGCUAGAAAUGGGAGAUGCUCAUGACAGAAAGAGAUGUGCUUCACUCUUAGUCCCAUGUAUUCAAGCAGAUGGGAGAUGCAGAGAUUAUUUGGCUGGUAAUAUAAAAAAGGCAUCUAUUAUUCAACUCCUCCUAGGAAACCAGUUAAAGUCAAAAGGUAGUGCCCUUUUUCUGCUGAGUGAGCUGGUCUGUCUUAACAGAACAACUCAGAUAAUCAGGUUUCUGAAGGAGCUAAAAAAUGAUGGUUGCUUGAACACAAUGCAUGUCCUGUUGGUAUAUCUCCAACAAGCUCCACUUGAACAGCGUCCACUGGCUGCAGCUAUUUUAUUACUCCUUGACCUUCUGGGAGAUCCUUUGCAGUACAGUGUCUAUAGAGAAGAGGGAAUUGAUGCUAUAGUAGCAGCCUUGGAAUGGAAUUUACAUCACAAGGAAGUCCAAGAACAGUGUAGUAGAGCUCUUUUGCUUUUGGGUGGCAGGUUUUCAUGUUUGGGAGAGACCACUGCAGAGACUUGGUUACUUAAGAGAGCAGGAUUAGAUGAUGGCCCUUCAGAUUCGUUCAGAAGCAAAGAGAUACCUGCAGUUGAAAAUGCAAAAGUGGAUGAAGAGGAAAAAAUGACUGAAGAGUGGCUAAGGAAGUUGGCCAUGGUCUUGCUGACUAGUGGUAAAAAGAGGUUCUUGGUUGCCCUAUCAAAUUGCAUAGCUGAUGGGAUCCCAAGUUUGGCCAGAUCUUGCCUUGUUACAAUUGCAUGGAUGAGCAGCUCACUUUCCUCGUUACAUGGUGCUAAUAGCCUUCAGCCUUUGGCAUGCUCUAUUCUUGCGCCUCGGUUGUUCGAGAGCUUGAACUAUGAUAGAGCAUUGGAAGAGAGGGUCUUGGCUUCACUAUCACUGCUUAAUUUUGUUAGACAUCCAG